CAGGAAGUUCUUGUAAGAGUGAUUUCCCUUUUGUAAAAUGGCGGCCUCCAUUAAGUCAUUGUGAAACUAGAAAUUAUUGAAUGAGAAAAGGAUGUACUAGGUUUGAAAGAAGAGGAAUAGGUACCAAUUAGCAUUGUUAUCAGGAACCAAGAUGACAUCAAUAAUAAAACUUCAUGUUUUUUCUGGAGCUCUAGAUGAAUCUCCACCAUGUUAUCUUCUACAAGUUGAUGAAUUCAGAUUUUUAUUAGAUUGUGGUUGGAGUGAAAAUUUUGAUAUGACCAUGAUUAAAGAAUUAAAACGAUAUGUAAAUCAGAUUGAUGCUGUAUUAUUGUCCUAUCCUGAUAAUAUUCACCUCGGUGCGUUACCGUAUUUGAUUGGUAAAUGUGGUUUAACAUGUCCAAUAUACGCCACAAUCCCUGUUUAUAAAAUGGGACAAAUGUUUAUGUAUGACUUGUACCAGUCUCAACACAAUACAUCAGAUUUUGAUUUAUUUACGCUGGAUGAUGUGGACUUGGCAUUUGAUAAGAUUACCCAGUUGAAAUACUCACAGACGGUGACUUUAAAGGGUAAAGGCCAUGGCUUACAAAUAACGCCGCUACCAGCUGGUCACAUGAUUGGAGGUACCAUAUGGAAGAUUGUUAAAGAUGGAGAAGAAGAAAUAGUUUAUGCUGUCGAUUAUAAUCAUAAAAAAGAACGACAUUUAAAUGGUUGUUCACUGGAGAUGUUUAAUCGUCCCUCGUUGAUGAUAACAGAUACAUAUAAUGCUAGUUAUACACAAUCACGUCGUAGACUUAGAGAUGAACAGUUAAUGACCACCAUAUUACAGACAAUGCGCAAUGAUGGAAAUGUUUUAGUUGCUAUGGACACUGCAGGUAGAAUGCUUGAGUUGGCCCAGUUACUGGAUCAAAUGUGGAGAAGUACUGAAUCUGGUUUAUCAACAUAUUCUCUUGCAUUAUUAAAUAAUGUCAGCUUUAAUGUGAUAGAAUUUGCUAAAUCACAGGUUGAGUGGAUGAGCGAUAAAAUAAUGAGAGCAUUUGAAGACAACAGGAAUAACCCAUACCAAUUUAAACAUUUAAAAUUAUGCCACAAUUUGGCGGAACUUUCACGCAUUCCAGAACCAAAGGUAGUUUUAGCCAGUACACCAGAUUUACAGUCCGGUUAUUCUAGAGAUCUAUUUAUAGCCUGGUGUGGUAAUUCUAAAAAUAGUAUUGUCCUGACCACACGGACAUCACCUGGAACUCUCGCUCGAGAACUCAUAGAUAAUCCACAGUUACGAUGUAUUACUAUAGAUGUACAGCGUCGUGUGAAACUGGAAGGUGCAGAAUUAGAAGAAUAUCAGAGAAAAAAACAAGACAAAGGUUCAAAUGACUCCAGAUCAAAAAUACAACAAAUGACUAUAGAAGAUGAGUCCAGUGAUGAGAGUGAAGCUGAGAUGGAUGUGGAUGGUUUAUAUCAUCUUAAAGGAAAACAUGAUCUUAUGAUGAAAUCAGAGGGUAAAGCACGCACAGGUUUCUUUAAACAAGCUAAGAAAGCCUAUCCCAUGUUUCACUUCCACGAAGAAAAGAUACGCUGGGACGAAUACGGUGAAAUAAUCAAACCAGAAGAUUACACUAUAGCUGAAAUAGUGCAACCAGAAGAAGAAGUUAAGAAACCAGAAAAGGGUCCAGAAGAUGAGAAAAUGCAAGAAGUAACAGAUUUACCUACUAAAUGUGUCUCAUCAACUGUAACCCUAGAUGUAAAUGCUAGAAUACAGUAUAUUGAUUUUGAAGGCCGAUCUGAUGGAGAAUCUAUGAGAAAAAUUUUAGAGAGAGUCAAACCAAGACAAUUGGUUUUAGUUCGAGGUACACCAGCUGCUACUGAGACAUUAGCCGAGUUUUGUACAAGUUCUUCCCUCAUUCAGGGAAAAAUAUUUCAACCUAAAGUUGGUGAUAGUAUUGAUGCAACAACAGAAAGUCGAAUAUUCCAGGCCAAAUUACGAGAUCAUCUAGUGACAUCAUUAAAUUUUUCUACAGCCCGUGAUGUGGAAUUAGCAUGGAUUGAUGCCCAGUUGAAUUAUAUAGAAAAUGACGAACCAGUCGAUUCAAAUACUUUAUUGGAGGAGAGGAAUAAAAAAGAAAAAGAUUCGGAAAUAAUACCAACAUUAGAUUGUCUUCCAUUAAAUAAGGUACCAACACAUACAUCUGUAUUUAUUAAUGAACCAAAAUUAUCUGACUUUAAACUGGUCUUAUUACAAGAGAAAAUACCAUGUGUGUUCGUUGCUGGUGUUUUAAUAUGUGAUAACAAGGUGGCAGUCAGAAGGAAUAAAGCUGGAAAAAUUCAGUUAGAGGGGACAUUAUGUAAUGAAUAUUAUCGUGUCAGAGAAUUACUAUAUCAGCAAUAUGCUAUUGUUUAAAUCUGUAUAUAAAUCAUUGUUAAUAAAACUCAUUUGUCAUAUCAUUAUAAUGUA